AUGCCACCGUCCAGUCCCCGCAGCCGCGGGCUUCUCCCACACCCUCCCAGCGUGUCUACAAUCGCUACUACACCAAGCUUGAACGCCAUGCUCGACGGUGCGUACGCCAUCACCCCGCUCCAACACGAGCUCGGUCUCGACGACGUCAACCAGCUCUGGGACACAUAUCGCCGCUCGAUUGCGGAUCGACGACGGCAGGACCGCCUCCAGUUUCAACCGGGAGCAAGGGAGGAUUCCAAACCGACGGGGUGGUCCCAGACAUAUCUGCCCUUUCAGCCGCCGCCGAUACCGCCCACCGCGCCGCAGCCGAAGUUGAAGACCCUGGCCGCAUACCUGGACCUGGAGAAGGUGCGGGACUUGGGAUGCGUCGAGAUAGAGGCCGUGUGGCGUCUGCGGCACGCCUUGUCGAAACAUUCGCUCUGUGCCAGUAUCCCGUCGUCGACGUUCAGCCGCAUGGCCAAAAACGCUCGCCGCCAUCCUCGCUUCAUCCUCCCGCUGCCAGUAGGGCUGCCUCAAACUAGUGAAUUAGACUCAGCUGCCGGGGAUAGCCUGGAUAAAGGAGUGUCAUUCCAUUUCAUCGAGUGGAGUUUUCCGUCCGCCGCGGCUGUCACCGUGAUCAUGACGCACUUGGCGGAGUUCAAGACAAAAGGAGAAUUCGCCAUCCCGCACACGGCCAUCACCCAUCAUCUCGAGCUCGCGAAGGACAAGGGCGUGGUGCUGCUGCAAGGGGCGGUGACGGAGAACACGGGCGUGAGCGUGGAGGACGCGCGUUGGCUGCUGGUGAUGCUGCAGCGGUUUUACGGGGGCGUGGGCGCGUCGGACGCGGAACGGGUGAAAGAGCUGCUGGAGAGCUUCACGGCCGGCGAUGAGGCUUUUCGCGUGGAGGAUCUCAUCGACGAGGCCGAGCGGAUCGCGUAG